AUGCACUGGUCACCAGAGCAUGCCCAGUCCCUGAACCAGUGGCCGGAGCAGCACCUGGACGUCUCCUCCACCACCUCCUCGCCCGCCCACAAGCCCGAGCUGUACCCCAGCAGCCGCCAGCGCUUCAACUACGCCUGGGCCAACGAUGACAUCUCGGCUCUCACGGCCUCCAACCUCCUCAAGAGGUACGCCGAGAAAUACUCGGGGGUGCUGGACGCGCCCUACGAGCGCCCCACGCUCGCCGGCUACGGGGACGGCGCCUUCGGCCCCGUGAACGGCCAGAAAGGGGACGGGGAGCCCUGGCCGGGGGGCUCUGAGGGCUCCUACCCGCUGGCCCCCAUCGCCGAUGGGCUGGCCAAGGGCUCGGUGCCGCCGGCGGUGCCCGCAGGCAGCGGGGCCAUGGGGCUGGGGGGCUCCCCGGUGCUGCCCAACCUCAGCGAGCCGGUGUACGCCGCCGGGAAUUCCUGCGCCGCCGGCUCCGGGCCGCUCGGGGCGGCUCAGGAGUACCCCUCGGCUUACGGUGGCACCUAUUUGCCCUCUGGCUACUGUACCCAGCCCCCGGCGGCGCUGCCCCCGCCGCAUCCCCCCGCCCUGCACAGCUCGGGGCUCCUGCAGCCGGCGCACCCCUCGCCCGCCCUGGUGCCGGGUUACGGCUCCUCGGGCUCCGUGUACAACUACACCGCGGGCAGCUACGCCCCGCAGCCGGGCUACGGGGGCAUCCACCCUCCGCACCCCUCGGCAGCCUCCUACCUGCCCUCCGGCAUCGCCGCGCCCACCCCCAUCCCCGCCCCGCCGCCCCCCGCCCGCCCGCCGGGGGUCCCGGGCUACGGCUACCAGGGGGCUGCGCUGGGCUCGCUGGCCGUGCCGCCCCUGGGCACCGAGGCGGCGGGCACGCUGAAGAGGAAGGCGUUCGACAUCGGCGGGGAGGACGAGGGCGAGGGCAGGUACAGGAAAUACAGCUACGAGCAGCCAAAGUCCCCGUACCCCCUGUCGGACAACGGUGAGUGCCGGGGGAACGGCUUCGCCGGCACCGGGGACUCCCCGCAGGUGCCCUUCAAAGCCGGGAAGCCACCGGCGGCCGGAAGCGCCGAGGAACACGGCGGAAAGUUCGGCGGGCAGCAGAUGAAGGGCAUGGCCUCGCCGCCCUACGGCUCCAGGGACGCUGCCCUGCGGCCGGCGGAGCCCUUCGAGAAGUUCAGUCCCCCCCUGGCCAACGGGGAGCGCGCGGCCGAGCCGGGACCCCCCUUCCCGCUGCGGCUGCCCCCCAAAGCUCUGGGGUUCACCCCGCUGGAGGAGCAGCCCAAGAACGUCGACCCGCUGGUGCUGGAGCUGGUGAACACCAAGGUGGUGGAGCGGGGGCCGCCGGUGCAGUGGUCGGACGUCGCCGGGCGGGCGGGCGUCAAGGCGGCCAUCGAGGAGGAGCUGCUGUGGCCCAUCCUGCGGCCGGGCUCCUACGGCGGCGCCGGCCACCCGCUGCGGACCCUGCUGCUCUUCGGGCCCCGCGGCACCGGCAAGGCGCUGCUGGGCCGCUGCGUCUCCACCCAGCUGGGCUCCACCCUGCUGCGCCUCAGCGGCGCCGCGCUGCUCUCCACCUGGAAGGCCGAAGCCGAGAAGAUCCUCCAGACCGUGUUCUUGGUGGCCAGCUGCCGCCAGCCCUCCGUGGUGCUCAUCACCGAGGCCGACUCCUUGCUGGCGGCGCGGCCGGGCGAGGACGGCGGCCAGGCGGGCGUCCUCAAGUCCCAGCUCCUCUCCUACCUGGACGACGUGGCCGCCUCGUCCUCCGAGCGCAACGUGGUGGUCAUCGGCACCACGGCGCGGCCCGGCAGCAUCGACGAGGCGUCGCACCGGCGCUUCGGCACGCGGCUCUACAUCCCGCCGCCGGACGGCGAGGCGCGACGCCAGAUCCUGCGCCAGGCCCUGGCCAGGCAGAGCUGCUGCCUGAGCGAGCGCGAGCUGGCGGCGCUGGCCCAGCGCACCGAGAGCUUCUCCUGCGCCGAGCUGCUGCGGCUGUGCCAGCACGCCGGGGCCGCGCGCCGCGCCCUGCCGGGACCCCCGACAUCCUACCAGGACCUGGAGAAAGCUUUGUGCAAGGUGCGCCCGGGCGUGUCCCAAAAGGAGCUGGACUUGUUCCUGGACUGGGAUAAGAUGUACGGCACCAGGCACUGA